UAAAUUCCCACAGACAUGCGCGCUUCAGCCAAAGUGAGCGCUGGGCACCCAAUUAACUGGCACGGGCCUCGAUGCGCAAAAAUUGCCCAGCUGAAAUUGAAAUUGCAAGUCGAUAGUUGCAGCGCAAGUCCAAAAUUGGCAAAGUGGCACGCGAAACGAAAAGAACGCUUAUGUAAAACGCGGGUAGCAAAAGCGCAUAUAGUUCAAAUUCGGCAGGAGCAUAUAUAACUAAAAAAUUGAGUGUUCAUCAUGCUGUUGGCGAUUUGUAUGAGUUUGCGGCGAAUGCGGCCCAACCACGUGAAUUUAAAUGCCACGCGAUGCUUGUGGCAUUUCCAUCGGCAACACCUGCCACACAGCAUUUAUGGCCAGCAUGCCACUUACACACUGGGCGCAAGGCAUUACGUUCAAGCCCCCGAGGCUCGCCCCGUGCCCGAUGAGAGAUCCCCGCCAGGACUGCAGCAACAGCAGCAGCAGCAGCAGGAUAACUUGCAACUCAAUCUAUUCUCGAAUAGUGUAAGGCCGCCAACAAGCAAGGAGACGACAAUACGCAGCCAGAACAAGAGCAAGGACUUCACAUCAUCGAGCAUGUCAUCGGACGUGCAAAUUCCCUAUCCCAUCGAUUGGAUAUUCCCAAGGCUUCGCACUCCCUCCAUGCUCUGGUACAUUGCCAGUCAGUUUGUGAUCACCGUCGUUGGCGUAUUUUCCAAAAUUGUCCUAGUAUUUAUGAACAAAACCCGAGUUCACAACAAGGAGCGACUGAUUAGGGCGGUAACCGCACGACCCAAGGGCAUACCACUGGUGACUGUCUCGAAUCAUCAUUCCUGCUUCGACGAUCCUGGCCUAUGGGGCACCAUGCCCGCCCAUGUUGUAUGCAACACAUAUCGGAUAAGAUGGUCAAUGGCGGCACAUGAUAUCUGCUUUACCAGGAAGCUGCAUGCGAUGUUCUUCAUGUUCGGUAAAUGCAUACCGGUUGUGCGUGGCAGUGGUGUCUAUCAGGAUGCAAUUAAUCUGUGCAUAGAGAAGUGCGCCUUGGGCGACUGGGUGCAUGUGUUUCCCGAGGGCAAGGUGAACAUGACCAAGGAGGAGUUGCGUCUGAAGUGGGGCGUCGGACGCAUUAUAUACGAAUCGCCACAGAUACCCAUUAUACUGCCCAUGUGGCACGAGGGCAUGGACACUGUGCUGCCCAAUGUGGAGCCAUACAAGCUGCAGUGGGGCAAGAAGGUCACCGUUAACAUUGGCAAACCGCUGGAUCUGAACGAGUUCGUGCAGGAUCUGAAAGACACUCGAGUGCCUGAGCCUGUGGCGCGAAAGCUCAUCACUGACAAAAUACAAGAUGCCUUCCGGGACCUGCGGUCCGAAACUGAGCGAUUACACGGGGAGCGCGCUUAGCUGGGAGAAACAAAAUGCUGUAGAUAAUGCAUAUAGCUUAUUUAUUUUUAAAGUAUUAAGCCUAUAACGAAGCCUCCAUAAAAUGUUCUCCAUAUUAAUUGUAUUUACCACUAUAUAUUUUUUGUACUUGUAUAUGGACCUGCAUGGAUUUUUUAAACUAAUUCAAAAUUCAAUUAUUAUGUGCAAGUUAACUUUAAGUGAAAAGAUUAUAAACUUAUUAGUGUACAUAAAUAUGAAAAUAUAUAGCAAAGUCUGAUUCAAUUUUGAA